ACUUAAGGAGUAUUGUCUUCCGUCCUGUAAACUAUAAUACAGUACAUCAAUGCAUAAAUACAGAGAACUGUUUAUUUACAUGGUGUUGUUCCACGACGAUGACAUCUUCUUCUUGUAGAAAACAAUCCGGAUUACCAUGCUGCUAUAAUCAAUAUCUGGACCAAAAUAGCAACAUCUGCAUUGAAUGUCCAGUUGGAUCUUUCGGAUGGAACUGUCAUCAGAGAUGUCCGUCGGGAUAUUAUGGGCUAUUGUGUAGGUCCGCCUGUGAGUGUCCUGCCUCUGACUGUCAUAAUGUUACUGGAUGCAUUCGUGAAAAAAGAACUAGUUUUCCUUCUUUAUCAACCGGCACUACAUAUAAAACAAUCAAAAUAAGUGAAUGGACACACAUAGCGGGAAAUCUUCAAAACACGACAACACCCCGUCCGUUUCCAGCAAAACAACAUGUUCAAAAUAAAAAUAUUAACCAUCACGAUGACACAUGGAUAGCUCUAAGCUCUUUACUGAUUGGUACGAUGGUAACAAUCAUUCUGAUUGGAUGUUUUCUGUAUUUCCGUUCUCGGUAAGCUAAUAGAUUUUAUGUUUCCAAGAUGAUAUUAUAUACAAACUAAUUAUUUAUUUAAACGUCUUAAA